AGGCGAGCGAAGUGCGGCAAACAUAUUCAAAAUGAACGGAAGUGCCAAAGGAGCCGAACUGAACAUAGAGCAGAUUCCUGACAAGUACAUCGGAUAUAUCAUGCACUUCAUGCUCAAGUUCCAGAACGACACGUCCGAGUUCAGCAGGCCCCAGUUGCGGCGUACAUUCCGCACCUCUUACCCGCUGUUCCUCGUGCUUUACGGCUCGCUGUUCGUGUCAUCUCUAAUCGGAAACGGAUGGAUGGUGCUUCACAUUUAUCGCGAGAAACAGCCGCGAGAGACAGUGUGCGUUUACCUCUUUGCCAACGCACUCAACGACAUCUUCAAGCUGCUCGUGGUGAUGCCCAUCACUCUUGUGACUCUCUUUCUGCAUAACUGGGUCUUUGGCAGUUUCCUGUGCUUUGCGUCACCUAUUGUUCAAGAUUUUCCUUUCUACUUGACCUUGCUGACGUUCGUGGCAAUCGCUUGCGACCGGUACCGCUAUGCUAUGAACCCGAUGAAGCGCCAGAUACCCCCACCGUUGUGUCUGCUCGGCGUCUGCUUAGUGGCAGGUAUCUUAACCCUACCAUAUGCUGCUUACACAAAGUUUCUCGACUUGGAGCAAUACUUGGGUCAUCAGUUCCGGGGUACGGGAAUCUGUGCCAUCAACUUGACGGAGAACAUUGAAGAGUACAUCCGCGGCUUGUUCAUAGUUCUGUACGCACUACCCGUCGCACUAGUCAUCUACCUGCACGUGAAGGUCUCGGUCGAGAUCAAGGCUCAGGAGGCUUCACUGGCCCUGCACGCAACCUAUCGACGCGAGAGCAACGGCGAAGAGGCGUCCGUCUGCUCAGUGGCGUCGUCGUCCAUGGCGCCCGAGUCGGUGUACAGCACACGCUCGUGCGCCGCCUUUCCAGCGGCGCGCCGUUCGCCCCCCGGCGGCGACGCUCUCGACUGGCUCAAGGAGCGUCGCACGCAGAACACGGUCAUGAUGAUGGUGACCGUGUACGCCGUGUGCUUGCUGCCGCUCAACGUGCUGCGCCUCAUCGUGCACGUCGUCCACGAGGGGCCCGAGCACAGCGUCCACUUCGACCUGUCCUUUGCCUUCGCUGUCCUCAUCGCCUUCCUGCCCACGCUCGGCACACCAUACCUGUUCCGUGUUUGGCGGCUUAGCCUGGAUGCGUGCCAGUACAGCAAGCUGCAGCGCGCAGGCCGCAAAGGACGCUGCGGCUCCAGGGCCUGA